CUUUCUCCGAGAUAGUAGAGAAACGGCAUCCAUAUAGUGCCUACGUCCUGCUGGGAAAGCUCCAAGGUCUUCACAAGUGCUCAUUAGAUCCCCCGCAGAGUUCAGUCUUCUGCACUAGACAGCAGCGCAAUUGCUUUGCAACGUGUUGAAAAAUGCCGUCUACAUCCAUAGAGCUUCGACGCCCAACCGCUUCGUGGAAUGGCGAAGCUGGCCCUGUCACACCUUCGAACCCCGAUAUCACCGAGGAGCAAUCAUUCGAAGGACACACCCAAUUCUCGUUGCCCCCAGUGGAUCGCGGCAAGGAUGCCUGGCUAUUUCUCUUUGCUGCUUUCCUUCUAGAAGCCCUUGUCUGGGGCUUUCCCUUCUCUUUCGGCAUCUUUCAAGCCUACUACUACAGUCAUGAGCCAUUCGCCGGAUCGUCUGGAAUAGCAACAAUUGGCACGUGCGCAAUGGGCAUCAUGUAUUUUGCUUUCCCAAUUGCUAUCGCACUACAGCGGCUGUACCCUCAUAUUGCUCGUUGGGCUCCAGUCUUUGGUUGUCUGGCCCUGAGUGUUAUCCUGGUAGUCUCUACUUUCUCACAAAACGUAGGGCAUCUUAUCUUGACACAGGGAGUCUUGUACGCCUUCGCAGGCUCCUUGGCAUAUUGUCCUUGCAUGGCCUGGCUUGAGGAAUGGUUCGUGCAGCGCAGAAGUCUAGCCUUUGGCAUCAUGUGGUCGGGUUCAAGUACUGGUGGUGUUGUGAUCCCCUUGCUAUUAGAAAGUCUUUUGCAGAGAUUUGGCUUCAGAACAGCACUGAGAAUCUGGGCUGUCAGUCUGUUGGUACUGUCCUUACCGGCCUUUUUCUUCGUUAAGCCCAGGAUUCCCGCCAGCUCAAUCGGUGCCACGAGACUAAAUAUCAAGAUCGGGUUCAUCUACGACAGAACUUUCAUUAUUUACCAAGUUGCCAACAUUGUCCAGUCUCUUGGUUUUUUCCUGCCUGCUAUUUAUCUGCCCACCUAUGCGCGAUCAGUUCUACAUGCGAGUCCAUUUCUCGCGGCAGUCACUGUUAUGAUCGUCAAUGGUUUCAGCUCUCUCGGCAUUUUUAUCAUGGGUUUGAUAGCGGAUAGGUGGCAUAUCACCACGUGCAUUCUCUUGUCCACGAUCGGCGCUGUAUUGACGACGUUUCUUCUGUGGGGCUUCGCUGGAAACUUGGCUAUUCUGUACAUCUUUUGCGUUUUCUAUGGCUUGUUUGCAGGAGCAUUCAGCGGGACGUGGCCAGGAGUUUCUCGGCAGGUGGCCUCUGGCACUCUGCACGGCGGGUCAUCUGAAGACCUCUCUUUCGACCCAGUCAUGAUAACUGGUUUCCUAAUUGCUGGACGCGGAGUCGGCAAUAUUGUCUCAGGGCCACUCAGUGAGGCCCUUUACAAAGCCGUUCCAACACAGAAUUCAAAUAUCUGGGGCUUGGGUGGUUAUGGGGCUAUCGUUGUCUUUACUGGCAUCACAGCUCUUGGGGGCGGAACAUCGUUCAUAUGGAAAAGGUUGGGUUGGAUCUGACACCAAGGAAUACUGGCGAGCCAAAUGAUAUAUAUGCCUCAACACUUGUCUAUCGACCGUUUGCUAGUGAUACAAACUGUUUCGCACCCAGUGCAGAAGAAUAAAAGCAGC